GUGAGGGAAUUAGAAAAGAAGUUUAGUGGAAGGGAGGUCGUUAUUAUUGCUUCUCGGAGGAUAGUGAUGCCACCCAAGAAAGGUUCCUCAAUCACUCGCCCUCGCAGCCGCACUCUCACUGCAGUUCAGGAUGCUAUUUUAGAGGAUAUUGUUUACCCUGCAGAGAUUGUUGGAAAGCGUGUAAGAUAUAGGUCGGAUGGCUCCAAGAUUGUCAAGAUUUUCCUGGACCCUAAGGAACGC